AUGGAAGGCUCAGUUAAAAGUUCCAACAGCUUCCAAAAAGCAGAUUCCAUAGAUGCCAAGGAAACCUCCACAGUUGACCGAAAAUGGGUUGCCCUAACGGCGUACCAACCCGUCGACGUCGUCACCAAAACUGUUGAAGUCCCCGUUAUCAAAACGGUAGAAAAAUUUGUCCCAAAAACAAUCAUUCAAGAGAAAAUUAUCCACGUCCCUAGAAAUGUCACCCACAUUGUAGAAAAAAUCGUAGAAGUACCAGAAGUUAAAUAUAUAGAAAAAAUUGUUGAAGUGCCACACAUUCAUUACAAGAAUAAGUAUGUACCCAAAAUUGAAGUGGUAGAAAAGGUCGUGGAGAGACAGAAAAUAAUCGAAAAAUGGCAUGACAAAAUUGUAGAAGUACCUCAAAUUAAGGAAGUGGUCAGAUUUAAAGAAAUAGAAGAUGCUGAGGAAGUUAUUAAAUACAUUCCAAGAAACUCAAAAAAUAUUAACUGGGAAGAGGAGUACCAAAAGUAUACGCAGACAAAGGGACAAGAGAGAUACAGCUUGGAUAACAACAGCUAUCAGCAGAAAAUGAGCUCCUAUAAUGAAUAUAACGAGAAAGCAUACUCACAAAAUGCCUACAGCAGAAGUCUAGAUUAUUUGAGCAAGCAAUCUGCCAGUCUAAAUAAUCAGAGCAAUCUGAGGAGCGAAGACUUUUCCCAAAUUAAUUUCUUCAAUCAGUACAGCGGAAGUGGCGGAGCAAGUUACGAACAACAGAGAAACAGCCUCCCAACCUCCAGCUUCGAAGCUCGUGGAAGCUUGCAGUUGAAGAGAUUGCCCUCUGAGGAGGCCAAACCCGUCGGCUGCUGCACGUCCGCUUGCAUCUGA